AUGUUGAUGCAUGCCAUUGUUGGGCUCCCUUUAAGUGUGAGGGGAUUAAGCAUGGGUUACUACAUGAUGAGCUGUCCUUUCGCUGAGCAGAUUGUGAAGAACAGUGUUAACAAUGCUCUUCAAGCCGAUCCCACUUUAGCCGCAGGUCUUAUCCGUAUGCUCUUCCACGACUGUUUCAUUGAGGGAUGUGAUGCAUCGAUUCUACUAGAUUCAACAAAAGACAACACUGCGGAAAAGGAUUCUCCUGCGAAUCUGAGUCUCCGAGGCUACGAGAUCAUAGAUGAUGCAAAGGAGAAAAUCGAGAAUAGAUGUCCAGGAGUUGUAUCUUGUGCAGAUAUUGUCGCCAUGGCUGCUAGAGAUGCUGUCUUUUGGGCUGGUGGUCCAUAUUAUGACAUACCAAAAGGAAGAUUUGAUGGUAAGAGAUCGAAGAUAGAAGACACAAGAAAUCUUCCAUCACCUUUUCUCAAUGCCUCUCAACUCAUUCAAACUUUUGGCCAACGUGGCUUCACACCACAAGAUGUUGUUGCUCUCUCCGGAGCACAUACCCUUGGAGUUGCACGAUGCUCAUCCUUCAAGGCUAGACUUACAACGCCAGAUUCUUCAAUGGACUCUACUUUUGUAAACACUCUCUCCAAGACUUGCAGUGCCGGUGACAACGCAGAACAACCCUUUGAUGCGACGCGCAACGAUUUCGACAAUGCUUACUUCAACGCGCUUCAGAUGAAAUCAGGAGUCCUCUUUUCAGACCAAUCCUUAUUCAACACUCCAAGGACCAGGAAUAUUGUUAAUGGCUAUGCCCUUAACCAAGCUAGGUUCUUCUUUGAUUUCCAACAGGCCAUGCGCAAAAUGAGCGUUCUUGAUGUCAAACUUGGCUCCCAAGGUGAAAUCCGUCAAAGCUGUCGGAGUAUUAACUAG